AUGAGCUCCAAUCAAGAAGUUUAUCCAGCAAUUCGACCGAUAUGUUUCUGGACUGCUAGUGAUGUAGAUGAUUGGUUAAGAAAACGAAAACCAAAAUUAGCUUUGAAGUAUUCUUUAUUCUUUCUAAGACAUAACAUAUCAGGUCGUGUACUCGUAGAUAUUACGGAUGAAGAUCUCGAGGAAAUAGGUAUUGCUUCUUAUGAUGAAAGACAAGAAAUAUUACUGGAAGUAAAAAAUGAAAAGCUAUAUAGUGAUUUAGAUGAAUUGACAAAGCUACGAGGAUAG